UGGGGGACUCUCCAGUAUACAGCUAGAGGAGUUGAUCUGUUAAUUUCUUGUCGAUCUUGCAAAAAGACCUGCUGCACCACAGAACGAAGCAAUAAUGAAGUUUGAGAAUGUUCUUGCUGAUAUUGAUGGAUUUGGAAAAUUCCAGAUAAUGAUCAUUGUGAUCAACUUUGUUGGUCGCGUCACUCUUCCCUGCCACUUCGUGCUGAAUAAUUUUGCGGCUGCAACACCAGCUCACUAUUGUUAUGUCAGCUUUCAGGGGGAUUUUGACAAUUUGUCACAGGCAGAGAAAAUGACUGUAAGUAUCCCAAUGGAGAAAGAUGGGAAGCCGAGCUCCUGUCGGAUGUUUGCGGAGCCUCAGUAUCAUCUGCUGCUUAACUCCUCUGACAGUAGUGAUGCACCCACUGUGCCAUGCCAGAAUGGAUGGGUGUAUGACAACACAACAUUUAAAUCAACUAUAACAUCUGAGUGGGACCUCGUUUGUGACCAACGAGGGAAAAACAGAGCAACAGCUACAAUCUUUUUUGUCGGCGUAAUGUUUGGAGCAAUAACCUUUGGAAGUCUGAGUGACAGGUUUGGCCGUAAGAUCAUGCUACUGGUGUCGUAUGUGUCUGGCAUGUUGUUUGCUGUAGCAAGCGCUUUUUCUACAACAUACAUAAUGUUUGCAGUGCUGAGGUUCUUCACUGGGUUCUGCAUCACUGGCAUUGUCAUCAUUUCAGCUGCUCUUAGUGUGGAGUGGGUAGACAUUGAGCACAGAAAACUGGUGGGAGUGAUUGAUAGUUUAUCCUGGACAUUUGGGAGCACGCUAUUUGCAGCCAUUGGCUACUUUGUGACUGACUGGCGUUGGCUGACUCUCAGUGUUACAUCACCUUUAAUCCUGGCCAUCAUCACUUGGAGGUGGCUUCCAGACUCAGCAAGGUGGCUCAUUGCUAAUGGAAAACUGGAACAGGCUCAGAUGUACCUGAAGAAGUGUGCAAAGAUGAAUAAAAGAGAAGAUUUUAUUCAAACACUCAAAGCAGAGACUUUAUCAACUAUUGUGGCAGGAGAGGCAAAAGUACGGAAUUAUACUUACCUUGACUUGAUUCGGACCACAAAGAUGAGAAAACUAGCCAUGAAGACUGGUUUAUUAUGGUUUUUUGUGGCAACAACAUUUUACGGAAUAAGCUUCAACAUUGCAGGUUUUGGCCUAAAUAUCUAUCUUACUCAGUUCACCUAUGCUAUAAUUGAGUUGCCAGCCAAACUCUCCGUUUAUUAUCUUCUGGAUAAGAUCGGCCGACGAAAAACUGAGGUGGGAGCUCUGCUGUUGGCUGCUCUCUGUCUAGGAAUCAACAUUGUGAUACCAAAAGAAUUGCCAGUGGCCCGAACAGUUGUUGCUGUUUUUGGGAAGGGCUUUUCCUCUGCCUCCUUUGGAACGGUUGUGCUGUACAGUUCUGAGCUGUAUCCAACUGUAGUGAGGCAGAAUGGAAUGGGCUACAACUCCUUCAUGGCUCGCCUUGGUGUCGCCGUGUCUCCUAUGAUCCUGUUACUGGACGACUUUUGGAAGGAGCUGCCGCAGGUGGUCCUGUGCUCAACAGCUAUAUUGGGAGCACUGGUAGCAAGGACGUUGGCAGAGACUCGCGACAGGUGUCUGCCAGAGACUAUCGAGUAUAUUGAGGAAAUGUAAAAAGUUAUCAGUGUGUAUAUAUAUAUAUAUAUAUAUUUUUUUUUUUUAUAGAAAGUGCCAAUUAAGAGUUUCUGUAGACUUGUGUGUUUAUUGGCAACUGCAUGAAGAUAGCAUUUAUUUAAAAAAAAGUUAGGAUUUUACAGUGUUUAGAUUUUGUUAGGUCUUAAGUCACAACAUCAUACACUGUCUUAGUUUCAGAAGUCUAUGGGGGAAUGAUCUCUUCAGCCUUGGGUAUUUACCUUAUAACUGUAUAUUCAAUACAAGGAUUAUCACAUCCUUAAACACCAUUUUCCCCUUCCAAAAAA